CCGGACCCCGGGGCACGGAAUCUGCCACCCCAACAGCGUCAUUCGUGGAAUUGACCAACACACAUCAUGUUUGCCUCGGUCGUUCGGUCCCAGACCCGCACCCUUGCCAAGCGCACGUCCUUUGUCCGCGCCCUCGCCACGCGCUCGGCCCGCUCCAACGUCGCGCUCAAGUUUGAUGGCCGCAAGGCCGUCGUGCGCCUCUCGGGCAUGGCGAUGCUUGGCAUGGCCAUGUCGCUCUCCCACAACGCUGUGCUGUGCCAAGCCGCCGACGGCAAGGAGGGUGAUGCCAAGGGCAGCGUGAGCAAGGACGACGACCCUGUGAGCCGCCUCAUUGACCAGUUUGGCGCCAAGAUUGGCGAGGUCUCGUUUGGUGGUUUCGUCGGCUUUUGCUCGGGCAUGGCCGUCAAGCAAGUCGGCAAGGCUGCGGCGGUCAGCAUUGGUAUCAUCUUUGUCAUGGCCCAGGUCGCGGCGCACAAGGGCUACAUCAACAUCAACUGGGGCAAGGUCGAGAAGGACGCGAUCGCGGCCGUCGACCCUGAUGGGGAUGGCAAGAUCACGCAGAAGGACUUCAAGAUUUGGUGGAAGCGCUUCCUCGAGUUUGCGCAGUACAACUUUCCGUCGUCGAGCGGCUUUGCUGCUGGCUUUGCCGCUGGCUUGUACAUGUAAUUGAGCCCCGCUCUGUAUAAGAAACCAAUUCGGUCCCAGUGCAUUUUGCCACAACCACAGAAGGCGAGAGGACUCGAACUCGCUCGCCAGCACCGUCAACGCUACAUCUCGUCGUCCAAGCAACCCAAGUAAGGACCACAUUGCUAGAGGGUAGCUGAAGACGACAUCCAAGUAUGAGCUUCUUCGAUGGACACCGCCGAAGACGAGAUGAUUGCGUGGCAGCGUGCGGUGGCUGUAUGCCAUCCGGAUACCAAGGGCUUCCUCACCAAAAUACCUGCGACAGCGCAGCAAUCUAAUAACACCCAACUUGUAGUCUAUUUCCGUGCCGGUAGCAG